CCAAUGAGUAGUAGUCGUCGAUUGAGGCCUUCGCGGCGUGCGCGGGGUUGGUGUUGUUUUUGAGACGGAUCGAUACUGAAGUUCUAUUUGUGCUUUUCUCAUACGUUAACAAUGCCGUAUGCUAACCAGCCAAUCGUGAAAAUCACAGAAUUGACGGAUGAGAAUGUUAAAUUUGUCAUAGAGAACACCGAUCUGUCGGUUGCAAAUUCCAUCCGACGUGUCUUUAUGUCAGAGGUUGCAACAAUAGCUAUUGAUUGGAUUCAAAUUGAUGCAAAUUCUUCUGUGAUCCACGAUGAAUUCAUUGCUCACAGAGUGGGUCUUAUCCCCCUCACAAGUGAUGAUGUUGUGGACAAGAUGCAGUACUCCAGAGACUGUACAUGUGACGAUUUCUGCCCAGAAUGCUCUGUUGAACUGACGCUGGAUGUUCGCUGCACAGAGGACCAGACCCGGCAUGUGACCUCACGAGACCUGCUGUCCAACCACCCUCGAGUCAUCCCUGUGACCUCCAAGAGUCGAGACAAUGAUCCCAAUGACUAUGUUGAACAGGAUGACAUUUUGCUGGUGAAGCUUCGAAAGGGUCAGGAGCUGCGUCUCAGAGCUUAUGCCAAGAAGGGCUUUGGCAAGGAACAUGCUAAGUGGAACCCUACAGCCGGCGUAUCCUUUGAGUAUGACCCAGACAAUGCACUGAGGCACACUGUGUACCCACGGCCAGAGGAAUGGCCAAAGAGUGAAUACUCAGAGAUUGAGGAGGAUGAGGUGCAAGCCCCAUUUGACCCCAAUGGCAAACCUGAGAGGUUCUAUUACAAUGUGGAGACGUGUGGCUCACUGCGACCUGAGACCAUCGUCAUGUCUGCUCUGGCAGUGCUGAAAAAGAAACUGAGUGACUUACAGACCCAACUGAGCCACGAAAUCCAGAGUGACGUCCUCACUAUCAACUGAGACCUGCAGUUUUAGCCAGUCCUACAACAUUGAGACUUGGAGAGCAGACCCAGUUGCAAAUCAUAAACUUUUUGGAUGACAACAAACCUUGAUGUAGGCAGGAAAAAAGUUUAUUCAAGAGCUCGCCAACUGAAAUCAGCAGCUUUUAUAUCGUCCACCACAUUUUGUCCUUUCUCUUCGUUCUCUGCUAUGUUAAUAUUUGUCCUUUUGUUGAAGUUGUUUGCGGGAACAUGUUUUGAAUUGUCGUUUAUUUUGUCUACCGAAAGAAUAAACUUCCAUUUUCAUCCAGA